CGCGGGGGGAGGAACAAGGAAGCGGACGCUCGCUGCGCUGCUGUGGAGCUAACGCGGGCUAACGGCUGCUAAUAUCCUCUCUGAUGCACGAGCCAGGAGCAUGCGACCUCAUACCUGCAGCUGACUUGUUCGGGGAUGUCGGGCAGUAAGGCGCUGGGCGGCGGGGCUGGCGGGGGGGCGAGGCGCAGGCGGACGCGGUGCCGGCGCUGCCAGGCCUGCAUGAGGACGGAGUGUGGAGAGUGUCACUUCUGUAAAGACAUGAAGAAGUUCGGAGGACCGGGACGCAUGAAACAGUCCUGUCUGCUGAGACAGUGCACGGCGCCGGUGCUCCCUCACACAGCUGUGUGCUUUGCGUGUGGAGAAGCAGGGAAAGAAGACACUGUUGACUCAGAGGAGGAGAAGUUCAGUCUGUCUCUGAUGGAGUGCACCAUCUGUAACGAGAUCAUCCACCCCAGCUGCCUCAAGAUGGGGAAAGCUGAAGGAAUCAUUAAUGAUGAAAUCCCAAACUGCUGGGAAUGUCCAAAGUGCCACAAGGAGGGCAAAACCAGUAAGGAGGCGGACGGCUCGGGGAAGCGGCGGCUGGAUAACGGCGAGGUCGGCCGCUGGAAGCUCACCGAUGAUCCGCCUCCUAAAAAGAAAGCACCUCCUUCCCUGGAGGAGGCGGGGAGGGGGGAGGGGGGGCACAAGAGGAAGAAGGAGAAGGAGCUGCCUCCAGACAGCGGACCCAAAAAAAAGAUGAAAGGAGCUCACGAGAAACGUCUCAAAAAGAAACCCAAACCGGAGGCGGUGGAGUCCAACGGUCCCACCUCCUCAGCUGGAGGAGCUGGAGGACUGCAGAGUUCCUCCACCUCCUCCUCCUCUCAGGCGGGGGGAGGAGGUGGGGGGGGAGCAGGGGGAGCGGGGGGGACGUCCAGUGCAGACCAGCGCUCCCAUCACAGAGAGAAGCUGGAGCGCUUUAAGAGGAUGUGUCUGCUGGAGCGCCGGCCCGAGUCCUCCUCCUCCUCUUCCUCCAGCUCCGAGUCCGACUCCGAGUCCGACUCCGACGACUCCCUGCCGGGGGAGCAGGGGGGGGGCUCCUCGCCGUCCUCCUCCUCGCCGGCCCCGCCUCCUCCCGUCGUCUACGGCAACAGCAGCGGGAGCCGUGCGGACAGGGAGAGGAGUCGCACCGAGCGGGAGCGAGAGAGGGAGCGGGAACGGCGGCUGGCCGAGCUCGGCUUCAGCGCCAGCGACGACUCUGAGGGAGAGGGGGGGAGGGGGGAGGAGGAGGAGCGGGAGGAGGAGCAGGGAGGGGGGGCAGACAAGGCCCGGCGGAGAGGAGGGGAGACGGGGCUGCUGCCGCGGGGGCGCAAAGGAGCGAUGAUGGACGCAGAGGAGGAGGACACUCCCACCUCAGACAGGACCCGUAAAAACUCCUCCUCCCUCCCCCCGCCAUCCCCCCUCUCCUCCAAUCAGAUGCCUCCGUCCUCGCAGCACGACGGCUUCACGGGGAAGCAGCGCAGCAACGGGCAGGAGGCGCGCAACGGGCGGACACGGGGAGGAACAGGAGGGGGGAGAGAGGGGGGGGAGAAGGAGAACGCCAGCGGUGUUCUGACCAAUCACAGACACGGCGGGGGAGGAGGGGGCGGGACUAAAGGUAGCCGCGGCAACAAGAUCCGUAGCAACAGUAAGAACCAGACGUCCGGCUCCAGAAGCAUCACCUCCUCCUCGUCCUCCUCCAUCCCCACCUCCAACGGGGGGGGCGGGGGAGGCACGGGGGGAGGCGGCCUGCUGAUGUCAUCGAUGGCGGCGUCUCCGUGCUCGCAGCCGUCCCGCCUCGCUCCGCGCUCUCAGAUGAUGAAGCGCAGCCCGCCGGCGGUGCCGUCGCCGCCGCGGCCCGUCCAGAUGGAGCGCCACCUGGUGCGCCCCCCCCCCGCCUGCCCAGAGCCGUCCUGCCUGCCGCUGGACUCCGGCUCCUCCCACAUCAUGACCAGAGACGUGUGGCUGCGAGUCUUCACACACCUGAGCCAGAGAGAGCUGUGCGUCUGCAUGAGGGUCUGUCGCACCUGGAGCCGCUGGUGCUGUGACAAACGAUUGUGGACUCAGAUCGACCUGAGCCGGCAGCGCUCCAUCACCCCCCCCAUGCUGAGUGGUAUCAUCCGCCGCCAGCCCGUCUCCCUCAACCUGGGUUAUACCAACAUCUCCAAGAAACAGCUGAUGUGGCUCAUCAACCGCCUGGAGGGUCUUCUGGAGCUGAACGUGUCUGGCUGCUCGUGGCCGGCCGUCUCCGCUCUGUGUCAGGCCGUCUGUCCUUGUCUCAGGCUGCUGGAUCUCAGCAGAGUGGAGGACCUGAAGGACUCCCACCUGAGAGAGCUGCUGGCCCCCCCACCUGACACCCGGACAGCCCACGGUGAAACCAGAGUGGGGCGGUUCCAGAACGUGACGGAGCUGCGAUUGGCUGGUUUGGACCUGACGGAGGCGUCGUCCCGCCUGUUGGUGCGCUACGUCCCCCGGCUGGUCAAACUGGACCUGAGCCAGUGUUUGAACAUCACUGACCAGACAAUCCACACCCUCACCUCCCCCAUCUCCCCCCUCAGAGAGAGCCUCACCCACAUCAACCUGGCAGGUUGUCUGAAGGUGACGGAGCAGUGUGUCCCUCUCCUGCGUCGCUGCACCUCCCUGCAGACGGUGGACCUGCGCUCCUGCUCCCUCCUCUCCUCUGAGACCGGACAGCUCCUCUCCUUCCCAAUCCACGCCUCCUCCUCCUCCUCCUCCUCCACCGCCUCCUCCUCAUCCUCCUCUUCUUCCUCUGCCACCACGACCACGACCACGGUCACUGCUUCCUCCUCCUCCACGUCUGCUCCCUCCUCCUCCUCCUCCUCCUCCUCCUGUCCUCCUGAAGACAGAACGCUGCUAAAGAACAGCUAAAGUGCUCCACCAUGACACUUACAGUUACCAGGGCAACGAGCCCCGCCUCCCACCUCCUUACACUACAGACAGGUGAGGAGGAGGAGGAGGAAGAGGAGGAGGAGUAUUUUGGGAACGUUGUGGGUAAUAGUUGAUAAAUAGAAACUCUGAGCAUGUACAUAUUUGUUCUCUGUACAAUUUUUGGGUGUGUGUAUAUACUGUAUCUGUAGUUUACUGUAAAUGACCCCCCCCCCCAAACUCCCCCUAUCCCCCCCCCCCCCCCCCCCCUCCCCCCCCCCCCCCCCUCCACCUGACAACCAAUCAUCAUGCCGGGCGUCCACCUGCUCGUCAGUAGCUGCAGAACGAAGGAAACGAGAGAAAAAACAAAAUGUCUUUUUCAUUUUUAUUUUUUCUAUCUGGAGUAAAAAAAAAUCAGAUGCUAGCAGUUUCCCUCCACUUCCAGUCUUUGUGCUAAGCUAACCAGCAGGGGGCGCCACCGCUGCUCGUAUUGAUCUCAGUUUCUUUGACUAGUCGAGCUAAUCAAUCAUCGUCAUAUCAAACGCGGCUGCUCAGGUUUCUGUUAUUUUUUAUUUGUGCAGAUUUAAAGUUUAACGAGAAAUUUGACGAAACUUUCUGAAGCAAAAAAAAAAAAGACGUUAAAAUCUCCUCAAUCAUGUUUUUAAGAUAUCAGAUUAAACAUAUCGACCAAUCAGCACUCACCGUGUUCAGAGUUAUAUCGUCCGUGUUUCUGCUCGUUAAUUAGGUUUUUUGCCUUCAAACUUUUAAAUUAUUCAGAAAUCGUGAUCAGCGCGUUAGCUUAGCUUAGCACAAAGACUGGAAGCGGGUGGAAACUGUUAGCCUUCCUGUCAGAGUCUUUAACAAGUUUUUUUUCCUUUUCUGUUAAUUAACAGAUUAAAUUAAAUUAAAGGAGACGAUCAUUUUCAUUUUUACUAAAUUUUGUCUCAAAAUUUUAAUUUAAAUCUGAUCUUUAUUUAAACAUCUUUCAGGAAGUAAACAUUAAAACACUUUUUAUUAAUAAAUGUUUUUUCCACCUUUAAUAUUUUACAGUUAAUUAUCGUCUUAAAGUCGUUCAGACGUUCAUCAUUAAAGCAUCGUUCCUCUCUUGAAGCAGCCAUGCUAACAGUUUCCCUCUGCUUCCAGUGUUUGUGCUAAGCUAAGCUAACGUGGACUGCUCCUUUAAGGUUUGUUCAGGUGUCGUUUUUCUUUGAGCCUCGAUGUCUUCAACGUUCGCCUCAAUCACCCCCCCCCCCCCCCCUCACCCCACCCUACCCCACCCCCCCCGUGUUGAUCACCUCUGAUCAGGUUCAUUGAUCGAUCGUUUUUUCUCAGGAGUAACGUUUAGUUUUAAAUUAUUUAGAGUGAGCUGAGACAUUCCUACAGAAACAACCUCAGUUUAGUUUUUAUUAUUUUCACACUCCUCCUCUUUUCUGUUUUUUGUUUUUGUUGUUUUUUUUUGAUCACAUGAUUAAAUUUUCAUGUUUCAUUUUCUGCCGUUAAAGAAAAUAAACGAGAAACUAAAACGACGUUAAAGUUUAAAAAUAUCUGAUUAUAUAAUAAAUUUAACAUCACUGUGACAUCAUCAUCAUCAUCAUCAUCAUCAGCUGAUUUAUUAUCUGAUUUUAAUAAAGUCACGAUCUAGAUUUAAUAUUUCUUCAUCUCAGUAAAUAAUCUGAACUCUUCUGUCUAAUUGUGUCUUAAUAUUGAUUUAUUAUUUAUAAUUAGACUUUAAAAAAGGGAAAUAUUUAAUCUAUCUCGUUAAUCUUUAAUUAGUGAUUCCUGAUUAAUUCAUCUUUAAUCUCUUUAUUCAGAUUUAAAGCCUUUAAUUCACCUUUAGUGAGCUAACUGAUGAUGUCAUGAUGAUGUCAUAAUUCUGGUUUCUCGUCAUAAUUCUGGUUUAUUAUUUUUAUGAUUUAUCGUUUUUCAUUUUUCAGAUUUUACGUCAUAAAAUAUUUUUUUUUGUAUUUUAUCGCAGAAACUCGACAGAGGAUUUUUAGUUUGUGUUUUCGGCUGAAAUGAUUGGACGCCCUGGUGGUGGGCGGAGCUUCAGCCGCUCAGCUGUGACUAUCGGACUUUAUUUCUGUGUGUGAGGCGGUGGCACUGAGGGGGGGCGGGGGGGGGGGUUAUUUCAUAUUGUUGUUUUCAGAUGUGCAAAUAAACAGCCAAAUAAAUCGUUAAAUACGAUAAUUGUAACGAUGAGAAGAAGCAGCUCGAUCAGUUCAGCACGAAAACAGCAGCUGUUUUCACGGAGUCGUACAAACUUUCUGCUGAAUCGUACGAACUUUGUGCCGAGUCGUACGAACUUUGUACUGAGUUUUACGAACUUUGUGCCAAGUUGUACGAACUUUGUACCGAGUCGUACGAACUUUGUGCUGAGUCGUACGAACGUUGUGCCAAGUUGUACGAACUUUGUACCGAGUCGUACGAACUUUGUGCUGAGUCGUACGAACUUUGUACCCAGUUGUACCAACUUUGUGCCGAGUUGAUCGAACUUUGUACCAAGUCGUACGAACUUUGUAGUGAGUCGUACGAACUUUGUAGUGAGUCGUACGAACUUUGCACGAAGUCGUACGAACCGACAGAUGAAAUACAACCAAUAAAAGAAUGCGAGAUUAUCUGCGUUGCUAGUUUGUUGUUAUUCUUUUAGCUCUUUAGCGAAACGUCGGGUAACACGCUGACAUUAGCGAGCUAGCAGAAACGUUUCUCUGGUCGCAGCUGCUUCUUCUUAUUCUGGGAACAUUUCUUUUUCUUUUUUUUCGACGAAUGAAUAAUAAUGAAAUCAGUCGUUAUUUGCAGCCCUGAAUAAAGCGUAUCGUUAAGUAUUGUCGCUCUGUGGUAGAAAAAACAUCGGAAUUUAAAGUAUUAAAAUAUCUGCAGCCAAACUUCUCGUGGUGCCAUAAAAACAGCUGAUCGACCAGUUUUUAUAUUUUAUUUUUUCUAUUCUGUUGUGACUUAGUUCUGUUUAUUUCGUACUGUGACUGUAACGUGGGGAUGAAGCGUAAUCACAGCUUCACAAAUUUACCUAGCAACAAGUGAGGAGGUUAAAUCUGAUUGGACGAUAAUCCCCUGACUCCCUGAAAAGCUCUUAUCCAAUCACAUCUCUCGCCUUCUGUCUCUUAUCUUAGUAAAAAAAAACAAAAGUGUUUUUAUGGAUGUUUAAAAGAUGCACUGGAUCAUCAUCAUCAUCAUCACCUUCAUCCUCACUGUUUGCCAAAUGUUAGUUUUUGUUGUGAAAGGGCAUUUUAUCCUGUUUAUUUGUCUGUUUUUUUGUUUUUUUUAUACUUUGUCCGCAACUCUUCCGUUUUUUGUUGUGACGAUGGAAAAAAAAAAAUGAGGAAGAAGUUGGAACAAAAAUUUUAAAAAGAGACAAAAAGACCAACUCAAGGCAGCUACGUAUGAGUGACUACUGUAAAAUGAACUUAACUAAUAAAGAAGCAAUGGGUUUGUUUUUA